GUUUUUCAAUUGCAUCAAAGCCCGUUUGAAGUGGCGCAUCUCUGCCGCAGAAUAGUGCGCUUCUUCGCGUUCACUUGCUGGAUCCAGGCCUAGACUGGUGUUCAAUGCCGCGGUGAAACAAACGGCGGUGAUGUCAGGGGUCCGUGUGCGCACCUGAACUUUUCACUCGCCCAUGUAAUUGGCCCGCCAUUCAACAUCUCACCGCCAGGCCUGAAAGUGCAUCUCGUAUCCUUCGAAGACUUGCAUUCAUCUUCAAUCUUUCACAGGUCUCGCACAGUCUUGCAGCAACUCGCGACAAUGACCGACACGCCGCAGACGACUGCAAGCGAGGAUCCCAAAGGAGCUAGGGUCCUUCAGCAACACCUCGACCCCGGGUACGAGUUUUCCUUUGAUCCCGAGACACCAGGCGCAGAUGGCGCCAACAGUUCUUCGAACUCUGUUCGAGAUGGACCAGAGUCAUCGUUGAGGCUGCAGGGUGGCGACAUCCACCGCGAUCUUUACAAAAUCGCUGCCAAAGGCAAGCGCCAGCAGCUUCACAAGCGAGCUGCAACCUUCUCAAAUACGCAUGAGUACGCGCCGUCGAUUAUAUCAGACAUCGAGCAUGACGAGCUGCCUGUCCAGGAACAGAUGGCACCAGGAGGUCUGAGGCGUCAAUUCCUGCAAAAGCAGGCCAGAAGUGUUAGCUACAUCGCGGAGCCCGUCACCAGGAACUUCAUUUCCUUUCUGGAAUUGUAUGGCAACUUCGCCGGCGAAGACCUUGAAGAGUCGGACGAUGAUGAGGCUAUCGAGGAUGAUGACGAAGAAGAACAGGGCGAGCGUCGACCUCUGCUUGGGAGGAAACAGAGCUCCAAGAGGCUCAGGCAGCAGGGCGAUGCUUCUAACAUGAAGUCGUUCUUCACUCUGCUGAAGGCUUUCGUCGGUACUGGUAUCAUGUUCCUGCCAAAGGCCUUCAAGAACGGUGGCAUGCUCUUCUCGGCGAUCACUCUGAUUGUUGUUUCACUCGUCACAUCACUUUGCUUCGAGUUGCUCCUCGCCUGUCGGAAGCAGUAUGGUGGAGCUGGUUACGGAGACCUUGGUCAACUGAUCGUUGGAAAGAGACUGCGACAGCUCAUCCUCGUCUCGAUCACACUUUCACAAUUCGGCUUUGUGUGCGCUGGCCUCAUCUUUACCGCGGAGAACCUGGCUUCUUUCUUCGAUGCGGUCACGCCCAACUCGGCGCCACUUGGUACGAACGCCCUUAUCGGCAUUCAGCUCGUCCUCCUGAUUCCGCUGUCCUUUAUUCGCAACAUCUCGAAGCUCGGCCCUGCUGCGCUUCUUGCCGAUGUGUUCAUCCUCAUUGGCUUAACCUACAUCUACUGGUACGACAUCUCCUGGAUCAGCAAGAUGGGUGGCUUCCACCCCAGCAUCGAGUUAUUCAACCCUCGCGAUUGGACCAUGACCAUUGGUUCUGCCAUCUUUACCUUCGAGGGCAUUGGUCUUAUUCUACCCAUCCAAUCGAGCAUGAAGCAGCCCGAGAACUUCAGCAAACUGUUGUACCUUGUCAUGGCCAUUAUCACAGUUAUCUUCACCUCUGUUGGUGUUCUCUGCUACGGUACCUUUGGAGAGAAUGUGUCCGUCGAAGUCAUUACCAACUUCCCUCAGUCCAGCAAGCUCGUGAACACCGUCCAGUUCUUGUACGCUAUGGCUGUUUUGGUUGGUACCCCCGUGCAGCUCUUUCCAGCCAUGCGUAACAUCGAGCUUAAGAUUUUCGGCCGCGCCUCUGGAAAGAAGGACAGCCUCACCAAAUGGAAGAAGAACGCCUUCAGGACUGCUUUGGUCAUCUUCUCUGGGGUCGUUGCUGCUCUUGGCGCGAGUGACCUCGACAAGUUUGUUGCUCUCAUUGGCAGCUUUGCUUGUGUACCGCUGGUGUACAUCUACCCGGCAUACCUGCACUACAAGGGUGUGGCUGAGCGUCCAUGGGCCAAGGCUGGUGAUAUCCUCAUGAUGGUUGUUGGUCUUGUCGCUAUGAUCUACACCACCAGCAUCACUAUCGCGAGAUGGGCCGAGACAUAGAUACGGGAUGGAAAACCAAUGUUCAUGGUUCGUUCGACGACAUCACAACUUGCAUUAUCAUUGGGUUAUCAUAUGAUUUCACGCAUCAAAAGAGGAUGACGAGGGUGGGGUACGAUGACUGUAUAUGAGUUUGGAAUGUAUGGCGUUACGAGGAGUAAAACUUUGACUGUUCCUUGCAUUUCUUUGCCGGCAAGCAUGUAUCAAUAAUUGCAUAUAUGACUCGCAAC